AACCAUUCUCCAUUAUUCAAUUCAAUUCUAAGCGUAACUGCAUAUAAUGCUCGCUCUCGUGCCCUCGCCGGACGAGUUUACGUUGCCUGCUAUAGCACAACUGCUGUCCUCUCCGAUCACACCGCCACCGUUUCAACCGUCCUCCCCUGCUCCUCCGAGAACUGAGGAUUCUCCGGCGCAGUGGAGACCGAUGGCCGUGGGAAUUGCUGUAGGCUGUUCGGUGGUGAUUUUCGUUUUGAUAAUUCUGUUCGCAUUCUGGAAGAAAAUGAAGAAGAAAAGUUCGGAACCGGAAUUCGGAGCCGGAAAAGGAGACAGCCGGCGACGUGACGAUCCGCAUCGGCGUUCAGAUUUGGCGAUUACAAUACAAUCUUCUUCAGCAGCAAUUUCUGCUGUUAAUGGCGAUUCGGGAUUGAGCACUCCAAACUCGGAAGCUCCAUUUCUGGCGCUCUCGCCCAACAUUUCCUUCCAAAGAACGAGCACGUUCACGUACGAGGAGCUGCAGAGGGCAACAGGCGGAUUCUCGGAAGCCAACCUUCUAGGACAAGGUGGAUUCGGCUACGUCCACAAAGGAGUCCUCCCCAACGGCACAGAGAUAGCGGUCAAGCAGCUCAAAGCCGGCAGCGGCCAGGGCGAACGAGAGUUCCAGGCUGAAGUCGAGACUAUCACCAGAGCCGACCAUAAGCAUCUCGUCUCCUUGCUCGGCUACUGUCUCUCCGGUUCCUGGAGAAUGCUCGUCUACGAAUUUGUACCCAACAAUAAUCUCGAAUUUCAUUUGCACGGAGAUAAAGCGACGCCCGUGAUGAAUUGGUCGACGCGGUUGAGAAUUGCGCUCGGUGCUGCCAAGGGACUGGCGUAUCUGCACGAAGAGUGUAAUCCCAAAAUCAUUCACCGGGACAUAAAGGCUUCCAACAUUCUGCUCGACCUGGAUUUUGAAGCCAAAGUUGCAGAUUUUGGGCUGGCCAAGCUAUUCGACUCUGACCAAACUCAUGUUUCUACACGAGUGAUGGGAACAUUCGGAUAUCUGGCACCGGAAUAUGCCUUCUCCGGGAAACUGACGGAGAAGUCGGAUGUGUACUCAUUUGGGGUGUUGCUUCUGCAGUUGAUCACAGGUCGGCCGACAUUUCGAAAAAACAAAGCUACUUCCAACACUGAAUGUCUGGUUGAUUGGGCCAAGCCAUUGCUGGCACAAGCCCUGGAAAGUGGAAAUUUCGAUGCCAUAAUCGACCAACACAUGCACGAGGACCACAACCGCAGCAAGGAGAUGGAGCGUAUGGCGGCCUGUGCUGCUGCCUGCGUCUUCCAUUCUGCUAAACAGCGCCCUAAAAUGAGCCAGGUGGUGAGGGCAUUAGAAGGGGAUACAUCCAUGCUGUUGGACGUCGGUAAAGAGCAGCUGCUGCGCCAACAACGCAGCAGCGCAUACAUUUCUGAUUCAAGGAGCUCCGAAUACAACACCGCACAGUACAACCAAGACAUGGCCAUGUUCAGGAAAACGGCGCUGGAAAGUGAGGACUACAGCCACUGCAGCAGUUCAAGCAGCGGCGGCGGCCAUGGAAACAGCAAAGGCCAACCUGGUAGUAGACAUUUGGGGACAUUAACAGAGAAGGUGCAAACAGGCGAUUGAUAUACAUAUAGAGGAUCAAUGCACUCGAUAUACACGGAUUUCCGUUUACUGAGGGCAUUUUUCCAAUGCAUCCUUCUGUAUGUGCAGGUAUUUUUAAACUUUGCACAUCCUUAUCUUAUAUAUGAGAAUAACAUUAUAUAUAUUGAAAAUUUCCGAUAUUAGUUUGAAAUAUAUUUUACUCAUGGUUAGGAAAAUUAUUAACUUGCUCAA